AUGACCAGAGAUCGCGACAGCCCUACCAGCUCCUGUGAAGACAGACCUGAGUCUCCGUCAACCCCUGAAGAAUCGGAUUCCCAACCGGGUGCGAACUAUAGGGGACCGACCAUGCAACAACUUGAAGAUAUCCAAAAGCACAUGAUCUCAAUAGAGCUGAAGAUGGACUUGAUUAUAGAGAGAUUGGACAAACUCUCGGUCAACGCUGAACCACAACAGAAACUGGAUAAUCUGCACGGCAGAACCCCAUUCUACUAUGAUCCAGACGACCCUGAUGAAGUGUAUGUUAGCAUGCACGAACAUCUUCACUGGUAUAAGCCACGGGGCGACAACUGGGCCGAGUGGUCAUUAUGGUUCAGUGCGAACAAGCUCCUUCUUAAGCGGCUCCCAGUGGGGUCAGAACCGUAUAAAAUCUGCUGGAAGUUAUUGGUAGGCUUCAUGCCGGAGAAGCUUACCCUGGGCCGACCGACAUCGGGGACGAUCGCCGAACAAGCGAAUAGCUUAGACCGAUAUUUGCUAGCGUACGAAGAAAGAAAAGAGCAGUUUGAGGUCACGAGAUACGAAGUCACCGAGGAAGCCUUGGAGUGGCGUAAUGAAAUGAAGUUAAUCAAAGCCCACAUCAGAGAUCUCUUCUACAUGUACGCUGUCCACAAUAAAAAAGAGCUUGCCCGUCGAUUAAAGAAAUUGUUUCAAAAAGCAAUUAUUGUUAAUUAUCUAGAUGUGAGCGUAAUGUUGAGUCACGCUGCUGAUCUGCUUACAAAACUUGGGAAAGAUAACCCCUUUCUGGUAUAUCGGUAUAUCAUAGCAAGGUUGGAGGAGUAUGAGUCCUAUGUGAGGGACGAAUAA